GUUCUUUGCGGAGCCGAGUUGAGGCCGCGGUGGCGGCGGCGUUAUCCGCGGUCCACGGAGACGGGAACACGGAGGGGGAAAGUAGUGGCGGCCCUCCCCCGGUGGUGACAGUCUCUCUGGGGCCUGCCUUCCCGCGCUCGCCCCGCAGGAUGGCUGCCGUGGGAGAACAGAGCAAGUUUUCACAAACAUUGAAUGGAACUCCUGCUUCAAGCACAGUCAGUGGUGGUAUGGAUCCUUUCCAUGCUUGUAGCAUUCUCCAGCAGCUGAAAACAAUGUACGAUGAAGGACAGCUGACAGAUAUUGUCAUAGAAGUGGAUCAUGGGAAAACCUUUUCCUGUCAUCGAAAUGUUCUCGCUGCAAUCAGUCCUUAUUUCAGAUCAAUGUUCACUAGUGGCCUUACUGAAAGUACCCAGAAAGAAGUUCGAAUUGUUGGUGUUGAAGCAGAGUCGAUGCAUUUAGUACUGAACUAUGCAUAUACCUCCAGAGUAACACUGACAGAGGCCAAUGUCCAAGCUUUGUUCACUGCAGCUAGUAUCUUCCAGAUUCCUUCUAUCCAGGACCAGUGUGCUAAAUACAUGAUCAGUCAUUUGGACCCUCAGAACUCAAUUGGAGUGUUUAUCUUUGCUGAUCACUACGGGCAUCAGGAAUUGAAAGUCACAUCACAAGAUUACAUUCGUAAAAAGUUCUUGAGUGUCACCAAAGAGCAAGAAUUUCUCCAGCUGAGGAAAGAUCAACUUGUAAGCAUACUGGACAGCAAUGAUUUAAAUGUAGACAAGGAAGAACAUGUCUACGAAAGCAUUAUAAGAUGGUUUGAACAUGAGCCCAACAAAAGAGAAGUCCACUUGCCAGAAAUUUUUGCCAAAUGCAUCCGCAUGCCCCUGCUGGAUGAAGCAUUUAUAGAGAAAAUUCCUCCCAUGUUUGCACAGGCUAUAGCCCAAAACUGUGUACAGAAAGGACAAACUAGUGCCAAUGGCUAUACCCAACGACUUGGAAUGACUGCUUCAGAAAUGAUCAUCUGCUUUGAUGCUGCCCAUAGACACUCAGGAAAGAAGCAAACAGUGCCUUGUUUCGAUUCUGUCACAGGGAGAGUGUUCAGACUAUGCCAGCCACCCAAUGAUUUGCGAGAAGUGGGGAUUCUGGUGUCACCUGACAAUGACAUUUAUAUUGCUGGAGGAUAUAGACCGAGCAGCAGUGAGGUCUCGAUAGACCACAGAGCAGAAAGUGACUUUUGGAUGUAUGAUCAUUCAGGCAAUAGAUGGAUUCCUAAGGCUCCACUACUUCGGGCCAGGAUAGGCUGCAAAUUGGUUCAUUGCUGUGGUAAACUGUAUGCAAUAGGUGGUCGAGUUUAUGAAGGAGAUGGGCGCAACUCACUAAAAUCUGUGGAGUGUUAUGACGGCCGAGAGAACUGCUGGACAGCUGUUUGUCCCAUGCCUGUAGCAAUGGAAUUUCAUAAUGCUGUGGAGUAUAAAGAGAAUAUCUAUGUUUUACAGGGAGAAUUUUUCCUCUGCUAUGAUCCUCGAAAAGAUUAUUGGGGUUUUUUAACUCCCAUGACUGUGCCUAGGAUCCAGGGUCUGGCAGCUGUCCACAACAACUCCAUUUACUAUAUUGCUGGAACCUGUGAAAACCAUCAGCAUACGUUUACCGUAGAGGCCUAUGACAUUGAGUUGAAUAAGUGGACUCGAAAGAAAGACUUCCCAUGUGACCAGUCUAUUAAUCCAUAUAUUAAACUUGUUGUCCUGAAAAGUAAACUCCAUUUGUUUGUUCGAGCUACUCAAGUCACUGUUGAAGAGCAUGUCUUCAGAACCAGCAGAAAGAAUUCUCUUUAUCAGUAUGAUGAAGUUACUGAUCAGUGGCAGAAGGUAUAUGAGACCCCAGAUAAACUCUGGGAUCUUGGACGUCAUUUUGAAUGUGCUGUUGCUAAAUUGUAUCCACAGUGUCUUCAGAAAGUUAUUUGACUUUUCUGUCUUCUCCUUUCAUUGGUAAAAGGCCUUAGUGACUUUGGUAUUUAAUGAUAGCAGAAAAAUCUGUUUUUAAAGAAAAAACAGUUCAAUUUUGUCAGUAUUUAAUAUGAGCUGAAAUGGAUGGCUUUUUUACAUGAAGAUGGGUGCUCUUUAAAGGUUGCAGUGGGGAGGAGGGGAUUAGUAGUUUAGUUUCCUAAUGGAUGUUUUCUUGCAGAGUAAGGAGUGGGUUACAAAGUGCAAUUAUCAGCAUUUUCUCUACUAGAAUUAUUUGAUCAUGUUGUUCUAGAGUGACAGUUUGACUUAAAAACAAGAAUAGAUGGAUUGGGGUGACUGCACUAUAGCGAGAGCAAAUCUAAUAAGAAUAGCUAAGGUGAAGAGAGCAAGUUUGAAAUUACUUAUUUAAAAUACGGGUAAAAUUUGAGGCAAUAUCACUAGUUUGCUAUUUUAGAUUCAGUGACACCAAGUAGACAAAUACCUGGUUCUUACCUCUUCCAUGUGUCCUGAAAUACUGUAUGCUUAUACUUUGUGGUGGCUUAUACAGAAAUAGAUACACCUUCAGCUGAACAUGAGCUCCUUUAUGAAAAAGAGAUGGCCCAUAGCAGGUGGCUGCAAUGCUUCUCUUCUGUGAGUUUCAUUUUGGUGCGUGCGUGCAUGUGUGUGUGCGCGCGCGCAAGGGGGUGGGAGUGGGGGGUCGGGUUGUCUUAAUCUUCCAGUGGUAUCACGAGAGCCAUCUUCUGCCAAUUAAAUGUAGAGCUUCAAAAGCAGUUGAGCGUGUUGGUCAUUCCAUAAAGGGCUUAAACCCUAUGGUGCUAGUACAUUUUUAAUACUUGUAAGUCUGAAAUGGGUCAAAUGGGACUGUUUUAAAGCAGUCAAUUAGUAUUAAUGUCUCUAGUCUUAAGCAUGCCUCUUGCUGCUUUGUGUGUUAGCCCUAUUUUAUUUGGCCUUCUCUUGCAGAACUAGUUCUUCCAUGGAAUGGAGAUAGGCUAAGUAGUCUGAAUGGCUGUUGAGGGAGAGAUCCGUCUCCUAGAUUAAGCGCUGUAUGCACUUUCUUUGGUCCAUCCUCCAGUAAUUCUGACAAUGUAGCUUGGGACACUUCCAUUCAGGCCAAAUGGACUGAGUUAGGUUGCAAUUCUGUGCCCAGUUAACUCGGAGUAAGCGUCAUAGAACACAAUGCUACUUCCACGUAAACAUGCAUAAGAUUGCACAGUGAUGUAGCUGGUGGUUGGGUGCAUAAUACUAGGCCAUCUUACAGAACAUGACAUGCUAGCUUAUCUUAAGUUCCUUCUGGUGUCAUUUUGGCAUGUGUUUGACUUGUAGCUGAUGGAUUCUCAUAAAACAAUAUUGCCCUUAGUCAUUCUAAUGUAAAAGCGGUUCUGGCUGUUGCUAGCAUGCUUGGACCCUUCUAGCUGUGGCUGAGUCUCUUGCCGUCCAAUUCUCUCUGAAAUAAUGUGAAAGUUUGCACUAUUGAGCUUUUUUGUGCCCCAAGGUAGCUACUUUUGGAAAUUUACACAUGAACCUUUGGAAUGGAGUAAGAGUCUAGGUCCUUGUGACUUUGUGUCUCUAAUUCUACAUUUGAAUUGACUAAUUUUUCACAUUGCUAAAUAGAUGGAUCUAAAAAAAAAGUAAUACAACAUCUCGUAAUUGGCAGUUCUUUGCCAGGGAUGAUAAUUGUUCAAGAAUGAACCAUGCCCUGCUUUAUCUUAGUUUGGCUUCAGUUUUGCUUUAAAGGGUGACAUGGCCAUAAUCCUAGGCUGGUUACCACUUUUGACUUGAUAAAUAAUUUGGUCAAGCUGUGGUUAAAGAGAUUGAAUUUAGAACAGUGUUGGUUCAGUAAACAUGGGGUUGUAAUCCCUAGAAAAGUUUUAUGUUAAUAUGGUUCCACUUGACUUUGUAUUUUUUAAUAUGUGCACAAUAUAUUGAAUGCUCAACUGUGAAACUAAAAGGAUAAUAAAGCCUCCUUCUGUUACA